CGGUGGGAAUCAGCGAGUUCGAAGCAUUCUACUGUGUUGACUGUGUACUUUUUCGCUGGUCAAGGAUGUCUCGAGGAGUUGUCCUUGCUGUCCUGGGACUGCUCGCAGUUGCCGGGUCGGAAUCACCCCCCAAGAAAACGUUUACAAUGUGCGUCCCGGAAAUUUACGAGCAGGACUGCGUGAAGAUGAUGGAGGAGUCCGCAACAAAGGGGAUCCCAAUAUCCUGUGUGACUGGAAGAGACAGAUUCGAGUGUAUCGAUAAAGUUGGAAGGAAUGAGGCGGAUAUUGUUGCGGUUGAUCCUGAGGAUAUGUACCUCGCAGCCAAGAGCAAGAUAGCUGACGAGGCUGGUUACAGCGUCGUCGAGCAGGUGAGGACGAAGGAAGAGCCUGACGAGCCCUACAGAUACGAAGCGGUGGCAGUGAUCCACAAAGACCUCGAGAUUUACGAUGUCCACGGUCUCCACGGCUUGAAAUCCUGUCACACCGGUGUCGGCAGAAACGUCGGCUACAAAAUUCCCAUCACAAAAUUAACCCAGAUGAAUGUUCUCGGGAAUAUUCAUGAUCCCGAGUACUCAGCGAGGGAGAAUGAGCUCAAGGCUCUGAGCACACUGUUCUCCAAGGGCUGUCUCGUGGGAAAAUGGUCGCCAGACCCCGCCAUAAACGCAAGACUAAAGGAGACCUACAGCAACAUGUGCGCGCUCUGCGAAAAACCCGAGGUCUGCGAUUACCCGGACAAGUUCUCGGGGUACGAGGGUGCGCUGCGUUGUCUGUCGCAAAACGGAGGAGACGUUGCCUGGACGAAGGUCAUUUACGUGAAGAGGUUCUUCGGUCUGCCUGUGGGACGAGGCCCCAAGACAACUGCAACUGUUGAUCCGAGCGGUUACCGGUAUUUCUGCCCUGAUGGCACUAAAGUUCCCAUCGAUGCAACGACCAAGCCCUGCACGUGGGCUGCCAGACCCUGGCAGGGGUACAUGACUAAUGGAAAGGUCAAGGAUGUCAAUGCCAUCCAGGAGGAAUUAACAGAACUCGGUGAAUUCGGUGAAAAAGAAAAGGCAAACUGGUGGAAGCACAUUCUCCUUCUGGACGAGAAAACCCUGGCAGUGAAGACAGCCCCAGUGUCACCGGAAGAGCACCUGACGAACGCUAAAUACUUGGACGUGAUCGAGAGGAAUUCCGGAGCAGUGGAGAGAACGGCUCGGUGGUGCGUGUGGGGAGACCGGAGUCCCAGGAAGUGCGAGGCAGUGGCGAAGGCCGCCUACUCAAGGGAUGCGAGGCCCCAGAUUGAGUGCGUCAAGAGGAACAGUAGAGUCGAGUGUUUGGAGGCUAUGAGGGACGACCAGGCGGACUUCGUCCUCAUGGAGGGAUCUAGUGUCAAACAGGCGGUUGAGGAGUUCAAUGCCAAGCCCAUUGUUUCCGAGAGCUUCGGAACGGGACAGACUAAAUUCAGCGAAAAACCGGCUGUUGCGGUUAUUAAGAAGAAUAGUCCGAUCAAUAGUCUUGCUGAUCUGAAGGGCAAGAAAUCGUGCCACCGUUACUGGAUGGAGGACUUCGCUGGGUGGAUAGCGCCAGUGGGAGCUCUGCUCAACGCCAAACUCAUAAACUCCGAGGACGAGGUGUCUGACUUCUUCGCGGCCUCCUGCGUGCCCGGAGCCCCUCGCAAAUCCAAACUCUGCGAGCAGUGCGUGGGGAACGCCGAGUCGAACGACGACGACGUGAUUGCGGCCACUAAGUGUCAGCCAAACCGGGCCGAGGCGUUCAGUGGAAAAGGUGCCCUCAAGUGUCUGGCGCUCGACAAGGGAGACGUCGCCUUCGUUCCUCUGACUGAUGUCUACAAACUACGUAAUGAGACUUCGUUCGGUUUGAACAUCGACGAUGUCAAGCUCAUCUGCCCCAACGGCGGCACUGCCCCUGUGUCCGAGGGGGAGACCUGCAAUUUCGGUUUAGAGCCACCGCAGGUGAUCGUCAGCUCUGGGGGAAAGUCCGCAAAUGCCCUAGAGGAGCUCACACAUGGGAUUAUAUCGGCUACGACUCUUUACAAUAAGAGACCAGACCUUCUGCAGUUGUUUGGGGCCUGGGGAGGAGACAAAAAUAUUCUAUUCCAGGAUGACACUGUCGAAUUGGUCUCCAUGGACAACUCCUGGAGUGUGAGAUUCAACGACUGGGCGAAAAUGCCGAAAUAAAAUGUUCAAUCGAUAUUUUUUAUUCAUUCUUAUAGCAAUAAUUAUGUAUCGAAAUUUACGAGUUUGGUAAUAAAAAUUAAUACACAAUGA